UGACUUAAUAGUGUGAAUGUUUUCUGUGUUUUGUCAAGACAGAGGCAAAGGCUUUGCAGAUGUCCUGGAUGCUCAGUGGGAGUGCGAGGGUGAGCUCAUACCGUUGGACCUGUCGGUCCUUAACCCCAGGGAGGUCCUGGUCUACCAACAUGGUCUCUUUUUGAUGCAUUCGUUGCAUAAAGCAAAUCUGACUCCAGUUAUUUCUCUCCAAAUAGCAUCCAGCCUCCCAAACAACAACUACUUCAACAAUGCUUUCAGAAAUUCCUUCUUUUAUCAGGAGGCAGAGGGGAGACUUUUUGUCCGUCGCCAGAGGCUCCAGUCUGUUGGAGGCUUCUCUCUUAUGCUACUUCACUGCCUGUCUCAUGUUAAAGUCAAAGACAUGAGCUCAGACACCAGUCCUCCUUUCCAGAGACUUUUCUUCAGGACUCUACAAGAAAUCCUGGGCGAACUAUUUAGAAUCAAACCAGACUUUUCUGAGGAGGAAACUUCUACAUUUGCAGGGUUCCAGGAACAACUUCACAAAACAAGUAGAGGACUGCUGUCUGGAGAUGAAAUUGAGAAACUUCGAGAAAAGUGCACAGAACAAAUCCUGGUCUCCCAUCUUGAAGGACUUUUGGUAGAGAGGGGUUCAGAGGGUACGGAGAGCGUGGAGGACCACACCGCCUGAACAGACGAUUGCUCUGAAAUGAUGUGAUCUACUUUUUUUUUUUUCAUUCUAGCCGGAUAUAUGAGCAUAUUGCAUGUUAUAAUAAUAAACAUUUUAAAUUACUCUUGCAAUCAACAUUAUAUGUGAUGAAAAUUUAGGUAAAACUAAACUAAAACCACAAACAGCUUGUGAGAUGGUUGAGCUGAUUUUU